CCGUGCUUGCUGCCCGCGCCCAGGCUCUCGGAGCGCUGCUGGGCGCGCAGAGCUGCUGCCCUCGGCCCCCCGCACCACCGCUGCACCCCCUCCGCGCAGCGGCCCCGCUGCCCGCGCCCUCUCACCCUUCCCGUUCGCCUCCCCGACUGUCAGGAGCUGGACGCGAGGUCGAGGUUCCUGGCCUCCCUCCGCACCGUCUGCAGACUGCGGCUGGAGGGGAGGUACCUGCCCGACGGCAAGCUGGAAGCGCAGCACGAGGUGCUACUGCGAAAGAACUUCCCCAGCUACCGGUGCCCGGUGAUGUGCCUGGGCAGGCACGCCGUGCUCGCCAUCACUGCAAGGAGCGCUGAGAUCGGAGCCCAGAUCCAACGGCACCUCAGCCCCUGCAUUAGCUACAUCUGCUUUCUCGCCGUGCAGGAGGAGCAGGGCAGCUCUGACUCUUCUCUCUACGAUGAGAUGCUGCAAUCUCUGGACAGCGUGUUGCAAGUGCUGCUGUGUCUUCCGCCGUGCUCCACCACCCUCAACCUGGUGAUCGUCUUGCAGGCCCUGCUGCCCUGCGCCAAAUCUGAGAAGGUGAGAGUGCGCCAGUGUGCCAUGAGGAGGAUUGCCAACCUGAGCAAGGUCCUAGACCAUGCUUCUCUGAUGGUGAGCUCAUCUCGAUUCAGUGAAAGCAGGGGCAGGGUUUGCUCCAUACAAAAGCAGUCUGAGAUGCUGGUGGGGCAGCUGUUGGGGUACCUCAUCCUGUGCUGUGCCGAGGAGGACCAGGACAUCAGGCAUGAUUCUAUGAAGGCUCUGCAUGGCAUCCACGGGAUCCUGGCAAUGCGACAGAGUUACGAGCUUGGACCUUCCAGUCUCAAACUAUAUGCGGAGGGUGAAUACUGGUACCUCUUAUGCGCCCAGUAUGCUGCCCUGAAUACACUGGUAGAGGGCAGCUGGCUCUGCCCCAGCGAGAAGGGACACUUCAUCCUAACCGUCCUGGAGGGCAUGACGCAGCCGAGGGUCUCUGACACCAAGGUGCUUGCCAGGGCGUUGGAUGCAGUCCUGAAAGAUGCGGGCUCUCAGCUCUCGAAUGUGCCACUGAUCGUGCAGAGCAUCUACGACCACCUCGUGUCGGACUGUAAGGAGUCGCUCCGAGACAUCGCGAUCCAGACCCUUCUGCAGAUGACGCGCUUGAACCCGCAGUGUGUGGUCAGCUCCGUGCUGCGUGACAUCCCAUGGUCUUCCGCAAUCAUGUGGCAGACGAUGGUCUCCGAACCCAGCCUUGCAGAGGUUGUGCUGGAGAGCCUGCUGCAGAAAUGGCCAACGGCCAGGCACGAUGGCCUUGGCCCGGGCCACAACUGCACCGGUUACCUGGCUGUGAGUUUCUGGAUGACACCUCGCUCACCCCUGGCGGGGCGGCAUUCCGCACCUUUCCUCCCCUCCCGUCCCGUCCCGUCCCUCCCCUCCCCUCCGCAUCUUCCCCUCCCUUCCUCUCCCCUCUGCUCCCCUCCUCUCC